AUGACCCGUCCUCCUCACGGGACGCCACCGCGGCCGGCUCCGGCGACGCUGUCCCAGGCAGAGGCGGCCUCUGCAACCGCAGCAGCUGUCAGCGAGAGGGAGGAGCAAUGCAACAAGGCCAAGGAGAACCUCGACGUCGGAACCAUGGUCACCGUCUUCGGUAUCGCCGUGCUGCUGGGUGGGCUCUUCCUCCCAAAGGGGGCCAAGCACCCGGGCAAUGCAGUGCGCCUCACCGUCUCGCUGCUGCUGUCCUUCGCCACCUUCCUCAGCGGGGAGGCCCUCGUGCUGCUCAGCCUGAACAUGAUGGGCCGCCAAGUCCUCGUCUCUGGAAGCCACCGCGUCGCGGCCAAGUGCCUGAUCGCCGCAUGUGCCGUGCUGUCGGUGCUCACGCUGCUCAGCCUACUGGCGUUCCUGCCGGGCGGUGUGUACCUGUACGUCGGACUGUCCGUGGUUACGGCGGUCACCAUGUCGGUCGCCGGUGCGCACUGGUGGCUCCUCAGGCGCAGGAACGGCGGCGGCAGUGAGGCAGCCGCAGUGUACGACGACGACGACGACGAGGACAAGGGCAAGGAGGAGCUGGACGCCGCGUCCAAGACAACAUGCGGCCUCACGAGCUCGGCGUUCGGGGGCCUCGUCGGCGUCCUCUUCAGAGCGUUGUCCAAGAUCUCUGCAGGCGUGGCGGCGGCGGGCUCCGUCGAAAGCGCCGCCCACGCCGCCAUCUUCUUCACGUUCACGACCGCUAUCCUCGGCGUGUUCGUGCUGACGGUGUCGAAGGUGGUCACCAACCAACGACGACGAUGCAGCAGGCGGCGGCUCCUCGCCAUCGCCACGGCCAUGAGGCUCGCCAAUGCGCUCCUGCUCUGCUCGCUAGCAUGCGCCGCGCUAUCGGCAUCCUUCGUGGUACUGAGGUACCGCGUUUUCGCGGCCUUCGCGCCGUUAGUCUUCGCUGCCGUCCUCUGCUUCCUUCUCCGGCACUGCGUCGUCGUCCGCCACGACCGAGACGGCGAGGAGGCCCGGAUCAAGGCGAUGGAGGACAUCGCGAGCAAGGUGACCGCGGCGACGUUGGGAGGCAUCAUGACCAUCCUCGGUGGUGCGCUCGGGGAGGAAGACCGCGACAAGUGGGGCUCCACCUCCACGGGCGUCGUCAUGGUCGUCCUAACCUCGGCGUUUGUCUCGGGCUUCGGGUUCAUGGUCCUCGCGGCGGCGCCAGGCUCCGCCACGGCGAUCCUGGCUCCAGUCGCCCGGGUGCUGGUCUGGUCCACCGUGGCGUUGUUUACGGCCACUGCUGUUGCCGUUUACGGCGUGGAGGUGUCAGGGGCUACACAAUCCGAAGUGAAGCCGUGA